CUAGUUCGUUUUUAUCCUACAAAAAAAUUGACAGCGUCAAGAGAAAAACGAAAACCUCACUAUUUCUAUUUUUUGUGUAAGAUAUCGAAUGGAUAAAUCUGUAAUUAAGAUUUAAUUACUCAAAUUCUUAUUAAUUCUUUAGCACGAACAUAUUAUCAUUCUGGAUUCCCAAAAGAGGACAUAUUUCAUGGAUCAUCAGAUGGAUUUGGCGGAGACGAUGAAGAGUGUACUUGCAAAAAGCACUGGGACAACAAGUGGCGCGGCGAGUACGUCGAGUUCAGCAACACCGCACGGUGCGGAGGGCUAUGUCACUGAGAAACUGUAUAUGCUACUACAACUCUACCUACAGAACAAGGGCUGGAGCCCCAGUAUAGAACUGCUGCAAUGUUUCAGUGACCUCAAAGAGUCAUCCAUGCUUCCCAGUGCUGCAUAUUUACAAAUGAUGGCAUCCAGAGUAGGUUUAGAUACACAAGGAAGACUGAUUCUGCGUGAGAAUGGGAAGAUAAUAUUGCCAUAUGAACAUUUUGCUAAUGCUGUCAUGUUGAAACAUAUGAAUGGACCUCAUGGUCUCCAUCUAGGAUUAGAAGCAACAGUUAGGGCUGUUGUAGAGUCAUACACAAUAGGCAGAGAGCAGUUUGGAAUGGAGAAGGAGUUCAUAAUAGAAGUAGUGCAGAAUUGCCCCAACCCAGCUUGUCGGUAUUAUAAGAAUCAACUGGAAAUGACACAGAAGUCCAUACAACAGCAUCUGUCUCAACAACCCACAUAUAUUCCAGAUGCGGGUGCCACAAACCUGCCUGACAGCCAGGCGGUGGAGCGUCUGUUACGCAGCACUGCUUUAGCACAAGACUACCAGCUCCCUCUAGCACCACAUCUCGCCGCUCUCACUAGCCUAACAGGUGAGAAGUCAGAUCGUCGCAGUCAGGACAAGUUGUCGCAACACCAGCAGAUGUUACUGCAGCACCAGAACAGGUCGCUGGGCCACCAGUCCUCCAUUGACAAGUACUCACACUCACAGCAGCGCUCCUCCAGCUCUUCACAAGCCAAUCUUGAGACCAAGUCUAAGCAUCACUACUCAGAUGAACAUAAGCUCACUGAUUUUCUAAGGGCAAAUUUGGAGAGUCUGGAGUCUCUGUCUGGUGGGUCUGGGUCCGGGUCGCAUGGUGAGCGCGGGGGCGCAGGGUCGGGCGCGAGCGGGGGCGGGGGCGCGGGCGGACAGGAGCGCGUCGUGCGCGCCUUCGCCGAGCUGGCGCGCAACCUGCAGCGCAUGCGGCCCUGCGUGCGCCCCGCCAUGUGCAAGCCCUACGGCAAGCAGAGCGAGCAACUGCAGAAGAUUUUGUUGGACACCAUCCAGUUGGUUCAGUCGCUCCGCAGUUAUUUGCCGCCACCACAUAUCCAGGUCACUUCAUGGAAAAACGACGACAAGCUUCGCUCCAACAACAUGGAGGAGAUGGAGAGCCGUAAGAUAGUGAGCGGUAACUAGCCGCCGGCGGACAGCGACGCCGACGGCUGAGCUCCGCCCGCCGCGCUCCCCACCACACGGUUCGACACAAGGCCCUCUGGCCACGGCUACUCCAGCGCCACUGAGUAAUUGUCCUCCGUUGUAAACACACACUGAAACAAUGUUGAGUGCCUACUGCGAAUUUUCUCUAAGAGAAUGUGGAAACAUCUUUAAGACGUUCGAUGUUCCCAUUGGCCAACCAAUCAGAACGUUAAACGUGGUAAAGUUUUGAUCGCGUUAACGUAAAGCAAACUCGCAUUAGGCAAGUAACAGAAUAUACAAUUUUUCGUUAAGUACCCGAUACAAAUUCAUAGGGGAUAAAAAUGACAAUGGCGGCUCUCAUUUCCGAGUUUUUCGGGUGAUUUUGUAGAAUUAGUAUUAGUAGGUUAUCGCUAAUAUGAGAAUAUUGACGUUGAUCGAUUUGGAAGCAUGGUUUUGACAUCAAAAACUUACAGUAAUUAAAUCUAGUAUUCCUGUGUGUGUAUGCAUUUUGGACAAAUACUCAGGCCACCACGUCACGGUCAUAUAAGUUCGUAUUUAAUCAAGAUCUGCAUAUAUAUUCGUAAAGGUAAUUACUCUAUAAAACUUGUCAUUAGUUAGUGAGUAAGAUUGAAAUAGUUUAUCCAUUUAGUUUGGAAUGUUGUACCUUGAGAGUGAAACCGUGUUGGACACUGCUGUCGUGCGUCGGUAUUACGAAUGUGUUACUCGACACUACGGCUAAGCUUACGCAGACUUGAGUAAAAGUGCGUGUACUUGUCGCCACUGUAUCUUUAGCACAAAAUUGUUUAAACAUAUAUUUAGGACUACAUGCGUUAGCCGUGUUUAUUGCUUUAUUUGUUGUUUUACUCAGAAGUUUCUUCUUAUAUUUUUCAAAUAUUGUAAUUUCAUAUUAUCUGUUGUACAAGUUCAUACAUUGAUGUAUGGUAUUGCUUUCGUUGUUACUGAACGUAUUUAAUGGUUAAGGUAUAUUUUUUUUCUACCGUAAUUUCAAGAUUCGUCCUAGUUAUUUUAAGUUUAUUCUCAGUUAUUAUCGUAAGUGCAUUAUUUACACUGUGAUAGAAGUGUAAUAGGAAUAGAUCUGAGCGAAGUCUUGACAUGAAUGUUACUUAGGAAGGUAUGUAGUAAGCGCGUACAGUGCGGCUCGUCAGUCGCCAGUACUACGCGCGUAUAAUGUAAGGUUUGAUCGCCAUGUCUUGUCUUGUGAGUGAUAGGGAGGAUAGUAUCUUAUUGAAGACUGCAAUUUUUCACGUCUUAGCUGAUGUUGCCUGUGGAUGUAUUAAAUUAGGAUCAGUAGGUUACGAUGAGGCGCCUACUGUACACUGAGAUACUCGUCGUCUCGUACAAAACGGAAUUUUUAUUGAUAAGGUUUUAAUAAUAGGCGUAAAUUAUUAUUGGUAGUUAGGCCGCGUUGUAUCUUCCCUAUUAUGUUAAUGUGUAUGUGUCCCAGUGUACAGUAGAGUAAAUAGAGAGGUCGAAGGAGCUUAGCUGAAGUUGACUUUGAUCGAACUGUAUCACUGAUAGGAGUCACUAUUUACUUCCAUAACAUCAUCAUGUGAAAUAAUGGACUACAUAAGUUUAAUGAUUAGUGCAAUAAUUAGGCAAAGCCUACUUUAAAUUUAAAGUUUUGUAUCUUGUAGUGUAAUUCUAAAUUAUAACAUGAAGUUAUCAUGUUCGCAUCACAACGGAGGUGUUUGUGAGGUUGUAUUGUAUAGCGUAAGUACUCGAUACUGACAUGGUCUCGGUUCAUUGGAUUGUUGUACGCAUCACAAUGUAUUUGAUUAUUGUCAAAUAACAUUAAUUGUAAGCAGCUUUUUGUAGGUAAGGGCGUUGUACACUUAUGUUGUAUUUCAUAUUCGUGUUAGCUGUUUAUAUUGAGAACUGUACUCAAACUAACUACUUUACAUUACAAUCGUUCGGUACGUUAUCCAAAUAUUAGACGAGGCUACUACGUUUCAUCGACAACUAACAAUAACCUAGUAUUAUUAAGUUGACCGUCAAAAUCUUACUCUCGAUAAAGUAUUAUAAACUUCCAAAAGAAUCUCUCUCUGUAUUAGAAUUGUAAGCUUUCUAGUCAAAAAUGGAUUUCAUAUUGCAUUUUUAUUGAUGUAAUCGGAACUUUCUUAAGGUAUUGGAAAUUAUUACUUUCAUUGUGACUUAUUUGGUUUAAAUGUUUGCUCUGUCAUUGCAGCGGGUAACUGUAUUAUGGCCGUAAUAUUUUGAUGAUCUCACAACAUGAAUAUAAAUUAUACAUCAUAACAUUUUAUAAACUUUUGCCUGAAGGACCGCGAGCUCGCUGCGAUGACGGAGUCUGUUAUCUGAUUUUUUCAUACUAUUUUUAACUACGUUCUCUUAGUGAUGGUUCAUUCAUACGUAAAAAUAACCUAAUUACAUAGUUUUUGUAUUGUAUUGUAGACUUAACGGACACAUUAUUAUCAUCUUCAUUCUAAUCUUCAUCGGAAAAGCAUUUAUUUGGUAAUAGCUACCAGUAAUUUUCAUAACAGCGAAUAACAUUUGGCAUCUGAAUUCUGUGAUAAAUUUUUUAUUCAAUCAAAAUGUAAUUUUGACAUUAUAAUGCAAUACCAAUCGGAAAAUUAGUUACUAUUAUACGUUGUAUGCAUAGAUUAUGUUUCGGAUUUGUUUAGGUUUAUUGUUCAGCUGGUGAUUGCUCGGUAUAGACUGAUUCAACUACACACUCGACACGCGGAGGUGUCUUCAACUACCCCCUAGUAUUACUAUUAUUUCACCGAUGUACAAGUCAAUUCGGUUUAAGCAAUCAUCAGCUGUAUUUAUGUUAUAUCAAAAUUGGCCUUGCCAUGUAAUUUAUUAUUUGUAUUUGAAGAUUAUUUUAUAAUGUAAAGGUGGUAAUAUAGAAAUGAAAAGCAGUG